AUGCCUCCAAAGCGCAAACGUUCCGGUGAUGAUGAUGGUGAGAACGACUCUCCCAAGCAAUUUGCCUACCUGAAACCGCAAAUUCGUCGCGUCCCUGAGAAAACCAUCAAAUCAAAAUGGACAACUCUACCGGAGCCGGUCCAGGAGAAUGUCCGCGAGAUGUUUCACGCGCUAGAGCGUCCUGUGGUUAUGCGCCAGCCGAAUGAGAAGAAGCGUAUCGAAGCCCAGAGUGCAGUUCAAGCGGUGGUGCGAAAUCUAGGGAAACGACUACCACGCAUGCCAUUUCCUCCUAUCACAAAAGACUCCAAUUUUGACUACGAAUCUGCGUUAGAUGAACACCGCACACUUGAGGCAAACUUGGCUACGAUUAAGGAUAGCAGCGAUCUUUUGAGAGCUGAAAUUGCCAAAGAAGAGGCACUCCUGGCGAAUGAGAAGAAAGCGUUACAGCAGAUGGACAAGAAUGCGAAGCGUGCAGAGGCCGAGCGAAAGAGACAAACGAAAAAUGAACAUCCGGUUCUCCGACGCUUAGACGAACUACCUCAGAGCUCCAGAACUACUGAAUUUGCGUUGGUAGACACGAAGCCCAGCCAGGCAACUCUUGACGAGCUUGAUGUCGAUCCUGAGAUCCAGGGACUGAUGAAGCAACUGCAUGGUCACCUUCAAUCCAUGCAGACCAAUACCGCACCGCUAUCAGGGCUAAGGGACGCACUUGUUCGCUCCCAGGCGGCACUAGAUCUCUUUAAUGGGUCCAAUGAUUGA